AUGACCACAGACUCGGGAACCCCCAGCACCCCCCACCUCACCUACAUGACCCAAUGCCUCGCGCUCGCACGCAAAGCCCCCGCCCUCCCAACCAACUUCCGCGUCGGCGCUCUCCUCCUCAGCCGAAGCAAAGCCGACACUACCCCCAGCUACUCCUCCGACAUCCUGCUCUCAACCGGCUAUACAAUGGAACUGGCCGGCAACACGCACGCCGAACAAUGCUGUCUAUCGAACUACGCCGCCGUGCACGGCGUACCUGAUGAGCAAGUGCACACUGUUCUCCCCCACGACGAUCCUGAAAGGAAACUAGUCAUGUAUGUGACUAUGGAACCCUGUGGGAAGAGACUCUCGGGCAAUGCGCCGUGCGUGGAGAGGAUCAUUAAGACGAGACAGGGUGGGGAGGGACAGGGUAUACAGAAGGUGUACUUUGGGGUGAAGGAGCCGGGCACGUUUGUGGGGCAGUCGGAGGGGGUGAGGAGGUUGGAGGAGGCGGGCGUGGAGUGGGAGGUUGUGCCCGGCUUGGAGAGGGAGAUUUUGGAGGUGGCAGUUGAGGGUCAUGAGAGGGAGAAGAGGGAGGAGGUGGUGGGGAGGGCGUUGGAGGGGGUGAAGACGGAUUUGGAUAAUGUUAGUGAGGAGGAGAGGAGGAGGCAGGAGAGGCAGCCGAGGAAUCCUAUGAAGAGGAUGAUGGAGGGGGAGACUAUGAUGUGA